AGAGAUCCCACAGUGGAGCGAGAUCGUCCAUCUAACCAAGUGAGACAGGAUGCGCAGCCCAAUUGCAGCUGACUCCAAACAGGACUCGCCUUUCCCUCUCCCUCUCAUCUCCUCUCCUCUCCUCUCCUCACUCACACCCUCAUCUCAGGGCGCCCUUCAUCGCUCUUUCUCCUCGUGUCUCCCAUCUGGUCUGCCAUGCUGGUGCCCUGCCGUGACUCCCAGUGGCGCACUGACCGUUGCAAGUCCCCGUGUGACUAACUGCUUUGCGCGUGCCACAGAGUAUUGCACAGCACCCUCAACUCUAGUCUGUACACCGAGACCACAGCAUAGCAUAGCAAGUACGUACCAAGCUAGCUAGGUAGACUCCAGUCAGGCAGACGUCUUAACUUUCCCUCUGUCUGUCUCUUCUCUACCGAUCAACCAAUCUUCUACUACGUUCCUCUGUAUCUGGACUGGAUGCCCUCGAGCUGCCCUUGAUAUUCGGCGGUCAGUACAACCGCAACCUCUGUGUACCAGGACGACCAUGACCGCUACACCGGACGGGCGAACUGGAGCAUACGAAAAUAUAUAAGUAAGCUGCAUGCCGACCUGAUCUGCAGCGGAAAGGGAACGGAGACAAGCAUCAGACAAGCAUCAGACAAGCAUCAGACAAGAAGAGAAUAAGAGCAAGCAAGCUUCGAGUAUCGGAGACCAGGCAGAGGUGCAAGCAUGGUAUGUUCUCUCCUGCAGCUUACCCAUUUCAACAAUUACCCCUUCCUACCUUGCAUAAGACGAGUCAAGGUUAAUCGUUGUACCUGCAGGGCUCCGCAAUCAAUCUCGACGAUAUCAAACGCUACGAAGUCACAGAAGUCUACUCCCACCCCGAUGCCAAAGUCGAUAUUGUCCUCGUCCACGGUCUGAAUGGCAACCCAAGAAACACAUGGACGGCUCCAAAUGGUGUCUUCUGGCCUAGCCAGCUUCUGCCAGCUUCGUUGAGGAAUUACCAAGCGCGCAUAUUGGUAUAUGGAUACAAUGCAGACGUAUAUACAUUCGGUAGCUCGAAGGGAGGUCCAAGUUCGGACAUGAUACAUCAACAUGCACAAACACUUCUUGCUAAUCUAGCUCUCGAGCGGAAGAGUGAAGAGGUUGGAGAACAUCCCAUCAUAUGGGUAGCACACAGCUUGGGAGGAAUACUAGUCAAGCGUGCACUCGAACUAUCUUUCGACCUUCAAGGCAACCAUGACGAUGAUCUACGAUCGAUAUUCGUUUCAACAUUCGGUGUCAUCUUCCUAGGAACUCCACAUACUGGAGCCGACCCCGCGAAGUGGGGUUUGAUACUCCAGGGCAUGGUCAAUGCCAUGGUCCCAAAGAAGCUUUUCGAGACCCACUCCCAACUCGUCAAAACCCUGCAAAGUAACAACGAAAUCCUCCAGAAUAUCAACCUCCGUUUCUUAGAUCUCUACCCUAACAGGUUGCGCAUAUGCAUGGUCCACGAAGGCCAUCCUACAGAUCUCAAAGGCACCAAACAUCUCAUCGUUGACCAGACAGCCGCCAGUCCUCAACUACCCGAUGUCCAAUAUUUUGGUAUCGAAGCUACGCAUUCGGGGAUGUGCAAAUUCGGGAGCAAAAAUGCGCCGGGAUUUACGAAUGUUUCUGUUACGCUGAGGUCGUGGGUUCAGGAGUGUCCGGAGUUUAUCCAGACGAGGUGGGAGGCUGAGAGGAUGUUCAGGAAGCAGAAGAGGGAGGAUGAGAUUGCGCAGCUCCAGAGGAUGUCUGGACUGUUACCUGGUACUCCGCAUCUGACGAGUACCCCGAAUACACCUGGUAGGUCGAGUCCAUAUCCAACUCAGCCACCAAGCAUGUUGCAAGGUCCAUUCAAGGACGGUUGAAGGGUUGGCGAGGCGUUAUUCUUGCUCGUUGACGCAUCUCUUUCACUCAUUUCUAUGUUACUUUGCAAGGAUUUCUUUUUGCUCAAAAUUGCUCAAAUUGGUGGAUCAGGGCUGAUUUUCUUUCUUGUAGAUCCGGGCUCUGUACAUAGUUCAAUGGUCAUUGCGAAAUCAACCAUCAGUAUCGCACCUGAUGACCCAGCACAAGAUGCACCAUACUUUAUCAAACCAUCCGGCUUCCGUCCAAACUCUCUUUUUGUAGGUAGGGAAGCUGAGUUGGAACAGAUGCACAAGAUGUUGUUUGACAAGAAGAGAAGAGCUGAUGGUACAUCUGCUGUUCUGCUGCAAUCUCUCCCUGGUGGAGGUAAGACUCAUCUAGCACGACAGUAUGUGUAUAAUCACAAGGACGAUUUCCCUGGUGGGAUCUUCUGGUUGCGAGCUAAGAGCGAAACGGAACUUGCAGCAGGCUUCUGGGAUAUCGCACGCAAGGCAGCGCUCAAACACCUUGUCGGUACCGAAGAUGCCGCUUCUGUGGAUGAUCCAGAACAGUUCAUCAAGAUGGUUAGGAAAUGGCUGAACGAUCGCCAUGAUUGGCUUAUGGUCCUCGAUGGGAUACAUUUUACGCACUCGAUGCUGAGGAAGUUCAUCCCUGAUAGCACGAAUACGAGUAUCAUAUAUACCUCGACCGAGAAAUCAGUCAUCGGGGAUCAUCAUUUCAUGAAUCCACAGAUGAUCAGACUACCGCUUCUUUCUGCGAGAGAGGCUCAGAGAUUACUUCUUCUUGAGCUAGGGAGGACAGAACCAUUUGCGAAGGAUGAUCUGAGGUACUCGAUGGAACUUGUUCAGUCGAUGGGUUUCCUGCCUGUGGUUAUCCAUGCAGUUGCUCGACGACUGAAGACGACUGACGAACCGCUUUCAAAGUUCGCGAGAACUUAUUCGUCGGAACCAAGACUCAGAGGUCUAGGCACGUAUAUUGCGGUAGUGGAGCAGUUGAAAAGUCGAGGUGCAACAGAAGCGCUAAACUUGAUCAAUAUCCUGUGUUUUUUCAGCCAGCAUAUCCCAGUCGAGAUGAUUUCCCUAGGCUUGAAAGCACUUCCUUCAAACGUUUCCGUCAAAGCCUUCGAACCUGUGUCAGGCAAUUCACUGAACAACACCUUCAAAAUCCUCAACACAUUCGCCCUCAUCGAUCGCAACGACCAUGAGCAAGACUCUGACAAAGAGGCACCAGUCCAAUCAUCACAACAUUCUCAAAGCUCAAAGCGCAGCAGAGAUAUGCUAGCAGACAACGUUGAUGUCAUCCGCCUUCACAGCGUCGUCCAAGGCUUUUUCGCAGACACCCUCGCCGCGGACGGCUCCCUCCUCCUUUGGCUAGACCGCGCAAUCCGUCUCUUCUGCUGCAGCUAUGACAUGGCCAAUGAGCGAAUCUCACGGAAGACUCACGCGGGUCUAGUAGAGGACUACAGACUGUACGAAAUCCACGGCAACAAACUCUUUGAACAUCUGAGCAAACACCUCUCUAAGCGCCUCUCUGCCGCUCAGAAAGAAAUCCUGCAAGAAGCAGAUGACAGUCUAGCCCAACGAAUCGUGUCCAUCAGAACGGAAAUCGAUCGCCGCACUCCUGAGAGCUCGAGUGUUAUUGUCGCUGGUAAUGGGAGUGGUAGGGAGGUAUUCCAAACAAGUAUCUUCGAUCGCACGAGUUCGUCGAGUGAUGCUGGACCUGAGACACCGGGAAGAUAUGAUGGUUUGAACCUGAAAGGUGGCAUCUCGACGUGGGGCAUGGAGCCUGAAAAAGCGCAAUUCGAAUCGCCUGUGAGGGAUAAGGAUGACGAGUACAGCAAGCGCAUGGACGCUAUCUACAAGCAGCAUUUCCCGCUCCCUAUGCCUGAAGAUCCGGGGUAUGAAAGUGAUAGGGAGGAAGCGGGGAUUAUUGCUGUUCCUACUGGCAUCCAGUCACCACCGACUUCCCAACCAGUACCGCAGUAUGUGAGGCUUGACAGUCAGAGACCGGUGAGUGUGGAUGCACAGUGGGAACUUGUACAGCCAAGACAUCAACAUCAACGUCCAAGAGCUCGACCGAUUCCAAGUCCGCUGUACCGCACCCUCCCUUCAAUCAAGAACAAGAAUGGAAAUCUCGACUACCGCGCUGUGAGUGCUGGUGCGAUAACACCACAUGUCAGUCAUGACCAAGCACAUGGUUUCCUCCAAGGCGGCAGCAGUACUCCUACUUCGCGAGGAACAUCUCGUGGCCGGCUCUCAUUUUCUAGUGGAGCAGGAACGGGAACGUUAAGUGGACAAUCUGGUGCGGAAGUCAGUCUUGCGCGGAUGAGACAGAAUAGUCCGUUGAGUCCUAGAGGGGGAGGUAUGAUUCAGGAUCGGAGUCGGAGGUCCAGUUCGCUCAAGCCGCUUGAGCGGGUUGAUGACUGGGAGAGGGAUGGAGAAGCGAAGAAGGAGAAUCAGAGUCAGAGUCUGAGCCAAAGAGGUAGGAUGAUGACUGGUCUGGCUAGCUAUGCUGCUGCUGUUGCUGGACCUACCAGAGAUACGGUCGAGGGGCUGAGGGACUUGGUACGUUCUGCUGUUGGUGGGACUGCUGCUGAGGAAGAGGGAGAGGGGGAGACUGCUGUCGUUGAUGAUACUCCCGAACCCGAUCACGAGCCCAGCGUCCGAGAAAGACAAGAACGGCACCAUCUCUCAGCUAUGGAAUCACUGCAGAAGAUACCUCAUUCAUCAGCGCACCAAACCUCCCCAGUCCUCAUGCCGCCUUAUCCUCCGUCGCCGAACCUCACGCCUGCUCGUGGAGAUGGAGAGCAGUAUUUCGCAACGCAGGAGAACGGAAAUGGGAAUAUCUAUCCUAGAAGAGAAGGCUUCCCGCCCCUGGAGCUCAACAACGCAACUGCAAAUACAAAGCUUGGCCCCACACGUCCUAUCAAUUAUCAUGCACGCGAAACACAAUCUGAAUCUUUGCCUGUGAGCUUAAUGACUUCGCGGUCGAAUGUCGAUGCUUAUGGAAAUACAGGAUUUGGAGUUGGAUUUAGCCCUGAUCUUGGGGGUGUGCGCCGUGGAGUUGGCAAUGGGGAUGGUGAGAACGAGACAGAUCUUCUAAGUCUCUCGUAUCCUGGCGUUAGGGUCCAUCGACGUCCUGGAUUCGUUGACGGUCCGUAUGUUCCUGGACGGUCGGAAUUCUCGAACAUGGAUCUGGAUUCGGAUCCGGGUACAGGUCUAGGUAUCGGCGUUGGAGAUGGGAGGAGAGGGUAUGGAUAUGGCCAUGUUAAUCAGAGUCAGAGCCAGCCGAUGACUCGUGAUCCUUCUGGUCAAUCUGGACAGUCUUUACCGAUGAGCGAUAUCCAGGUGGGUGGGGUGGUGCAGAGGAGUAGGAGGUCGAGUAAGGCGGAGACGGAACCGGAUUUGAGGGGGUCGGUACGGGAUGGUGGGAUGGGAAUGGGGAGAGAAACAAGUGGAGAGCCGGGAAAGGAGAACAGGAAUAGGUUGGAGUUUGCGAGGGCGGCGUUGAUUGAGAGGUUGGAUGAGUGGGGGUUGGAGGAGAAGUGAGUUCUUAGCUUUCCUUCCAGGAGUCAUACCCUCUUGAUUCUUCAAAUGUUUCCUUUUAUUGCCGCAGACCUCUCCUUCUUUGCUCAUACAAUUUGGGAGGAGACUAAUAGAUUCCAGCUCUCCACCACACCCACAACCCCAAUCCCCACGCAGACCAUCAUUCAACCCCACCGCACCCACAUUCGCCCCCUCCUUACCACCCAACCCAAACAAUCCAAGUCCAAACCCAAACACAAGUCCCUAUCUGUACCCCGAACCCGACAUACCCUCCCCAUCAUUCGCUUCCUACACUUCUCCAUACCCACCAGAUAAUGCACCGAAUCCGAACUCUGCGUACGGAAGUGGCUAUCAAAGCCCAAAUCUACGCACUUCUCCACAAUUCCAGCAACAGCAACAACCAAAACAACAGUUGUAUAAUCCCUCCUCCCCACCCCAACACUACCUCUCACCAGAUCUCCGAUCCCGAUCCAGACCAGUAACCUCCCCACCACAGCAGCCAUCUUCCCCUCCCCUCGGCGGCGAGAGAAUGGAUCGUCACUCUUCUGGCUCAGGGUCAGGUAGCGGUGGUGUCAGAUAUACGACUUCGAAUGGAAGGGGGAUGGGUGUGGAAAGAGGAAUGGGGAUUGAGAGAGGGAUGGAGAGGAUGAUUGCUUUCGGUGAUUAUCCCGAGCCGGUGGAUUAUGUGCUUGCGAGGGAGAGGGUGCUUAGGAGUUGGGGGGAGAGGGAGAGGAGGGUUAGGGAGGCGAGGGAGAGGGGCUUGGGAAGUCGUGCGUUGUGAGGUAGGUGGGAGGGCGGAAAUGGUGGAGAUUUUUAAGGACAUUGAGUGGUCUUUAUUUCUAGUGAGAGGUUGGGGUUGAGGGGGGUUUGAGGUUUUUUUUUCCACUGGUCAUGUUCUUUUUUUACUUUUCUUGUGGACUCGGCGCUCGGAUUUGAGAUCUUGAGGGUUUGAGAUUUUGAGGCGUUUGGGGAUAGGUUGGGUGGGUGGGUACCUGCAUUAUACGGCUUUGGUAUGGUGUGGUUGUGAUAGGUAAUUGGUUGUACUGGCUUUAGUUGUGGCAUUUACUUGGCGUAGGUGGAGGUGGAUGGGGAAGGUGUACAGAGAUAUCUGGGGCAUUUUGAAGGGGCAUUGCAGGUGUAUUGAGAAUGUUUGUGCAGGGCAUGGUAUAAAUAAGUGCGUGGAGGGAGAGGGAUAUGGCGUACAUGAGCUGGAGAUUAAGGAUGAGGUUGAGGGUGUAAGAUGGAGAUGUGAGAUGGAGUUGGGGGGAGGUGCAUAAUAUGGCGUAACAUAGCUACCUACUUAGCAGAAUAUACAUGGGGAGAAGUAGAGAGAAUAGAGACAGAAGUUCA